AUGGUGACCUCCUGCUCCACCAGCCCCGCGAGCCCCGUCGCCCGGGCCAGGGGCCGGGACAACGACCAGAACCUCCGCGCCCCGAUAAAGAAGAGCCGGCGCCUGCGUCUCCGAAGGAAGCAAUUGCUGCAGCCCCUGUGUUCGCGCCCGCUUCCUGGAGACUCAGGCAUUUGCGACCUGUUCGAGUCGCCCAGUUCGGGCUCGGACGGCACAGACAGCCCCGCGGCAUCAGCGUCCCGGGGCUCCAGCCCCUGGCUUGGCUCUGCCCAGCAGUGGGCACAGCUAGACCUGCUGACCUUCCGCGACUAUGGCCAGAGCUGCUACAUCUUCCACAAGGCCCGGGAGAGCCACUUCCACCCGCAGGAACCGCUGGCUCAGCAGCCACAAGUGACUGCGGAAUCCCGCUGUAAGCUGCUCAGCUGGCUGAUUCCCGUGCAUCGCCAGUUCGGCCUUUCCUUCGAGUCGCUGUGCUUGACGGUGAACACCCUGGACCGGUUCCUCGCCACCACACCAGUGGCUUCAGAUUGCUUCCAGCUGCUAGGAGUCACGUCUCUACUCAUCGCUUGCAAACAGGUGGAGGUGCACCCGCCGCGCGUGAAGCAGCUCCUGGCGCUGUGCUGUGGCGCCUUCUCGCGGCAGCAACUCUGCAACCUCGAGUGCAUCGUGCUGCAUAAACUGCACUUCAGCCUGGGCGCGCCCACCAUCAGCUUCUUCCUGGAGCAUUACACGCACGCGCGCGUGGACGAAGGGCAAAUCGAGGUCUCCCAAGCUCUGGAGUCGCAAGCCCUGGCUCAGGUGGUGGCGGAGCUGAGCCUAGCGGACUAUGCCUUUACCAGCUACGCCCCCUCCCUGCUGGCCAUCUGCUGUCUGGCGCUGGCUGACCGCCUGCUGCGGCUCCCGAGCCCAGUGGACCUGCUCCUGGGCGGGCACCCUGAAGCGGCGCUGCGGGAAUGCCUGGACAAGCUGCAGCUGCUGGUGACCAUCAAUGAAACCUCCCUGACGCAUAUGCUGCCUUUCCAGAUCUUUGAGAAGUGCAGCCUGUCCCCCAGCUUAAAAUAA